CACCUACAAGCCCUGCCAAGUAUACUUAGUACUUGGAGGUUAGGUUGCGAUCCGCCUGCCUCCGUGUAAAUAUCUAUAUACAUCCAUUGUUCGGUGCUGAUCUGCACGUUAUCCUGAGUAGAACCACGUCAAAUUAGCAUAGCGCAAAACUAUAGCAGCAUAUAUUCGCUCACGUCCUCCGGCAAACACCACCGACGUUGUUUCUUCACCGUUGCGCAUUGCCGCCGUCAUCAUGGCCGACGUUGAAGAAGGGCCGGCUGGCUCUGUGUCGGAACCCCUUGACCUCGUGCGCCUUCUGCUUGACGAGGUUGUCUUUGUAAAGCUGCGGGGUGACCGGGAAUUGAAAGGACGAUUAUAUGCCUACGACAGCCACAUGAACCUUGUGCUCGGUGACGUGGUGGAAACCAUUUAUAUCAUCGACGAGGAUGAUGAAGAUGAGGAUAUCAAGACCACCACGAAGAAGUCGGAAAUGCUGUUUGUUCGAGGCGAUAGCGUCGUGCUAGUGUCGCCUCAGACUUCAUCAUGAACCAUCACGCCACUAUAUACACACAUGUCUACCCUAUAGGCAGGUAACUCGAGACGAGUAUCAGCGCCGCUGCGCUUGUACUCUGCCACAGAGAUGGCCACUCGACUGAGAGCAGGAUAGGAGAGCAGAAUAGGAGAGUGGGAAAGAGUAUGUGAUACUCCGUUUGUGCAAGCCUUGCUUGCAUGAGCGUCGGAUUCCCGUGCAGUGGCAGACAGCCAUCACUGAACAUAUCUAUAUCACCAUAGGAGCCUCUUUGCUCACCACAAUAGGCACAGUAGGGACUAGAUAGUAGAUAUAUCUAGAUUAAAACAAAAUGCACCCACACGUGCUUGCCCAA